GUGUGGCAGAGGGUGACGGUGCCUCUCCACGGGCGGUGGGUGCGUGGCCGACCCUGGGUUCCCCGUCCUGGCCCCGGGGAUGCCGCCUGCGCCCUCCGGGGCACCGGCCAGGGCCAAGCCGAGCCGUGCCGUGCAGAGCUGGGAUGUGCCCUGCCGGUCCGGUCCGGCUGUGCUGAUGGAGACCACCAAGCUGAACCCCCUGAUCCGGGAUGUGUACGCGGCCGCCGGCCGUGUCCAGCAGGCAGCGGCCGCGGGCUCGGCGCGGAGGGGCAGCGGCUGCCGGGAGCUGAUGGUCAGGCUGACCGAGGGGCAGUACGUGCUGUGCCGCUGGACAGACGGGCUCUACUACCUCGGCAAGAUCAAGAGGGUGAGCGGCUCCAAGCAGAGCUGCCUCGUCACGUUCGAGGAUAACUCCAAGUACUGGGUCCUCUGGAAGGACAUCCAGCAUGCCGGUGUGCCGGGGGAGGAGCCCAAGUGCAGCAUCUGCCUGGGGAAGACGUCGGGCCCCAGGAACGAAAUCCUCAUCUGUGGGAAGUGCGGGCUGGGUUAUCACCAGCAGUGCCACAUCCCGGUGGCGAGCGGCGGCGAGGGCCCGCUGGGGACGCCGUGGUUCUGCCGCCGCUGCAUAUUUGCCCUGGCCGUGCGGAAGGGGGGUGCCCUGAAGAAAGGAGCCAUUGCCAGGACGCUGCAAGCCGUGAAGAUGGUGCUGUCCUACAACCCCGAGCUGCUGGAGUGGGACUCCCCACACCGCACCAACCAGCAGCAGUGCUACUGCUACUGCGGGGGCCCCGGAGAGUGGUACCUGAAGAUGCUGCAGUGCUACCGCUGCCGGCAGUGGUUCCACGAAGCCUGUACCCAGUGCCUCAGCGACCCCAUGAUGUUCGGAGACCGGUUCUAUGUGUUCUUCUGCUCCGUGUGCAACCAGGGACCCGAAUAUAUCAAGCGCCUGCCCUUGAGAUGGGUGGACAUCGUCCAUCUCGCCCUCUACAACCUGGGUGUGCAGAGCAAGAAGAAGUACUUUGACUUCGAGGAGAUCUUGGCCUUCGUGAACCACCACUGGGACCCGCUGCAGCUCGGGAAGCUCACGGGCACCCCCAUCUCGGAGCGCGGCCCCCACCUCCUCAACGCUCUCAACAGCUACAAAAGCAGGUUUCUGUGUGGGAAGGAGAUAAAAAAGAAGAAAUGCAUCUUCCGUCUGCGGAUCCGCGUUCCCCCGAACCCCCCCAGCAAGGUGCUGCCGGAGAAAGCCCCCGGCGAGGGCGAGAGCAGCUCCUGCGAGCUGAAGAAGAGAGGGAAAAGCAAAUAUGCCCAUAAGGACAGCCUCCUGCCGCGGCAGCUCCAGCAGCAGAAGCGGCGAGCGCGGCGCAAGAGGGCCAAGUUCCUGCUGGAGGAUGCCAUUCCCAGCAGUGACUUCACCUCAGCCUGGAGCACCAACCACCACCUGGCCAGCAUCUUCGACUUCACGCUGGAUGAGAUCCAGAGCCUGAAAAGUGCCAGCUCAGGACAGACUUUCCUGUCGGACGUGGACUCUACAGACGCCACCAGCACCUCAGGCUCGGCCACCACAAGCCUCUCCUACGAGUCCAGCCGCAGGACCGUGGGCAGCCGCAAGCGCAAACUGGCGGUGCCAGCCUACGCCUCGGGGGCCAAGAGGAGAGGAGGGGAGCCGGGCGGGCGCCCGGCCGCGGCCACCCCCGAGGGCAGCGAGGCAGCGGCCGGCCCCGACCGCCCCGACGACGGCAUCGACAGCCACACCUUCGAGAGCAUCAGCGAGGACGACUCCUCGCUGUCUCACCUCAAGUCCUCCAUCAGCAGCUACUUCGGGGCCGCGGGCCGGCUGGUGUGCGGGGAGAAGUACCAGGUGCUGGCCCGGCGGGUGACGCUCGAGGGGAAGGUGCAGUACCUGGUGGAGUGGGAAGGCACCACUCCCUACUGAGCCCCGCCAGCCCCGAAACCUUUCCCGGAGCCAAAGCAGAGGAGAUCGAGGUGCUGGGGAAGCCCGUGAGGCACAGGAGAGGUGCUGGUCCCGCCCCCCGGGAAUUUUGGCGGGUGGAGGCAGCGCCCAGGCCAGCAGCGCUGACCGGGAAUGAAACCUGAAGCCCUGACACUCUGUUUUUUUUAAUGUUAACAAUUUUUAGUUUCUUGGCUGUGUUUAUGCAGAGCAGGGCCCAGCCGUGCUCUCCCCCUGGAGCCUUUGGCCGAGCCCGAGGCACCAUCCCGGUGGUGGCCAGAGCAGGGAGGGGGUCCGGCCCUCCAGAAGGGUCCCACAGCUGCAGCAGCUGUUUGGGGGACACCCCACACCCUGCUCACACAGACGGACCUCGGCCUGUGCCUGGCAUAGCCUGGCUUAUCCCGGUGUCCCAGCCUGACCGAGCAGCCUCGAGGGGGUCCUGCUGCCAAAGCAUGAACCCCUCCUCAUCCCUGGGCUUUCACAGCUCAUCCCCGUGCUCAUGGGAAACUGGGAACAGCUCUUGGGGUUUUCCACUUUGUCCUGAAUCCAUUCAUUAAAGGAAUGUGGUUUGUUUAACAUGAGAGGAAAAUGCCCCAAAGCCAGCCCAUGUGUGGCUGUUGCAGCCACGGGGCAGAUGUGCUCUCACCCCACAACCUGGACUGUGUGUGAUGCUGCACCAGCUUCAUUUCCCUGUUCUGACAAUCAUGAUCUUGGAAGAGAUCGUCCAAAAAAUCCGCCUUUGCCUUAAAACCACCACGGGCACUUCACAGACUGGAGCCCAAGGCCUUUGUUCCUACAGGAAAUCUUCAUCCCAAAUGUGCCAAACCAGCAGACAAACCAAAAAAAAGGCUGAAGAGGACAGCGGGGGCAGGGGGAGGGGGCUGUACCAGGGUCCCUGUGACCAUCCCUGUGGCCAUCCCUGUGGCCUUGUGGCUGUGCCUCUCUCGUAGUGGUGACGUUUGUGAGCACUGGGCUUGAUUUGUCUGCAGGGGAGAAGGAGCAGCCCCUUCUUUAACAAAGCAAUAUUGCCAGCUUGGGCAGGAGCAGAGCAGUUGGCUUUUUAAAAAAGAUUCUAAUAUCAGAUAGAUGUGUUAGAUUUUUUUCUUAAGAGAGAGAGAGAGAGAUAUUUUUAAUGGUGUCCUCCUUGUCUCUCCCCCAUUCCACCACGACUGUCCCAUGGGAUGGAGGGUGAGCCCUGCUGGGUUGUGGGGUCCUGUCCAGCAGCAGACCCUGUCCUGUCCUACCUGUGCUCAUGGGAUCUCCGCUCAGAGCGGAGUGUCCCUGUCCUUCUGGGAGAGGUGCUGCCAGACCCCCCCAUCCCUGGCAGGGAGGGGUCCAGCAGCUGGAAAACUCCCUGUCCUGCCUUAGCUUUGUCCUCAAAGGAUCACUUAAAAUAUUUUCCUUUCUUGAGUGCCUAUGGAGCCCUCGUGAUUCCAAGGGGCUGCCAAGAGCUGUGCCAGGGCUGAGCAGGGUCAUGCCUGUGGGAUGUGCCACUGGACAUUACACUCGUGGGGGCACCCACAGGAUGUGGCCCUGGCUCCUCUCCGCUCCCUCUCUGUUCUCUCUCCUCCUCUCCUGGCUUCUCGCAGAGAAUUGAAUGUGGAGCCUUUAAAAGUAUUUUUGUUGCAGAGUAUAUUUUGCAUUCGCUGUAAUAGAGAUUAUAACAACUCUGUGCACCUUCUGAUUUCUGAAUUCAGGUUGCUGCUUGUAAGCAACUCUCAUUAUACCCAAGUUGUAAUUAAUACGUCUGAUGUACAAUUAAAAAGUGAGGGUUUUUUUCAACAUCA